AAUUAUAUUUGCCCUCAUCUGGUCUUGCAGAGACGCCACAACAUGUCUUUCUGUCAGUUUUUGGGCGGUGAGAUCUACAAGGAUCAUUUCAAACCAGGUAUGUAUGUUUGCUCCAAGUGUAACCACCCCCUGUUCUCCAGUCGGUCCAAGUUCGCCCACUCGUCUCCCUGGCCGGCUUUCACUGACACCGUCAGGGAGGACAGUGUCACCAAAAUGAUGGAGACGCUCACUGCCUACAAGGUCCUCUGUGGCAAGUGUGGCAACGGGCUGGGCCAUGAGUUUUUGAAUGAUGGUCCCAAGGAGGGAGUCUCCCGUUUUUGAAUAUUCAGCCACUCGCUCAAGUUUGUUCCCAGCAAAGGCAGGGACAAAGAGUAAAGAGCGAGGUAUGAGUUUUCACUCCGGCUGCUAUAUCUGCUGCUCGGUCCAGGACUAGUGAACAGGUCGGGUCAGCGGAUGAUGUGGACAGGGGGAAAGGCCUGAGAGGGACGUCCCGUCCACUGAAGAAUCUUUGACCGGCCUCUUACACGGGGACCAGACUACACCCCUCCAAAUAUUCCUCCACAGGACUCUGUCACAUUCCCUGAAUACCUCAUGUCUAAACAAACAGAUACAUACAUAUUAACUCCAUGCAUGUUACUGUAGCAAGAAAUUAGGUUUUGCAACAAUGUUUUCAGUAAGCAGACACUCGCCGGUAAUUGCUGCUAUCUUUUUCGCUCCACUCGACAUUAUAUCGCCGGUAUCAUUUACUACCAUUUACCUCACAAAGGUAAAUGUGACCAUAUUAUCUAUGCACUGAAGAAGUCCACAUUUCUAGUCAGUCUGCACUUUUGGUAUACGGAACUGUUAACCCACCAAGAGAAUCAGAUACAUUUCAGCUCCUUACAUGUACCGUAUGCUUGUUUACUUGAACAGACUCUUUUCGAGUAAAAAUGCAAAAUAACACAUCUCUCAGAACCUUUGUGCAUUUCAAUUGACCGUGAAUAACUCACAUCUGAGUCAAGAGUGGAGUGGAAUAAAAAAGAAAAUUUUGAUUUAUUCUCCAUUGUGACAGUAUUUUGAUGCUCAUAUAAAGGAACAAAUAAUAAAUUAUAGUUUGAUAGAUUUUUGUCUUGUUUGUUAUGAUUUAUUUGUAGUGGUCUAAUGUAAGUAUAUUUACUGAAGUACUGUCCUUAGGUAAAAUUUCGAUGUGUUUCUACUUCGCUACAACUCAGAGGGAAAUAUGAUGAUACUUUUUUUUACCAUAAUUUUACAUUUAUCUGACAGCUAGUUAUUUGACAAAAUUGUGAUUUUACAUUCAAAACAUAUGAUGAGCAUAUAAAACAUGAUGCACUCUUAUACACAAAUUACAACUAUAAACUAACAGUAUGUAAAAUAGUAUAACAUUCCACCAAUUACAAUGGUCCAUAUAUAUUAAGGCAUCAGUAAUAAUAAUCUAUUAUUUAUAAUACUUCACUGUGUAACACUCAAGGCAUUUUUCUGCCUUUCAUACCUUUGCUUUUCAUACUUUAAGUGUGUUUUACUAGUAGUUCAUAUUUUUAAUUUUCAAUGCAGGAUUCAAUAGGAGUAUUUGUACAGUGUUAUAUACCACUUUGACUUAAGUAAAGGAUCUUAAUUCUUCUUUCGCCAUUGUUUAUUUGUGAGAAAGUGUUGUACUUUUGGACUAGUAGAGGAACUGAUUGUUCCUAGAUUGACCUCUAGAUGGAGUUGUCAUUCUUUUAGAUCACACUUAUUCCUCUACAGAAAUGUAUGUUCCCGGGUUUUGCCAGUUAAGUGAAUUGCCUAAUGUGAGCAGAAUGUGAUUCUACCUGUCCUGGUGUACUACCUGCAUGUUUCGACUGCUGCCUGUGUAGAAACUUGUUUGAUAUGAAAAGGAUCUGAAUGUGUCUGUUGUCUUGCAUUAAUUAUGGAAGUUGGCUGCUUCAGUAGCUAAUAGGGGCGGGGGCUCUCUCUGUGGCCCAGCUGCAGGCCAUAUUCUCUGGACUCCGAGGGUUGCCAGAGAACCUGAGGUUUAGAGGAGUAGCCUGGCCGCCUGGUGACAGACUGAG